UGACAUCGCAAGUCACGCAAGUCUCAGUUGCUUACCCAAAACUCUCGACGAUAUGGGCGACUUAUUUGAGAAUGACGACGCAACGGCGGGCCGGGGCCGAAACCCGUUCACAAGCGAUCUCAAAUCCUUCAUUAACCAUGUCAUGAGCCAUUACCACAUUCCCAGCCUGUCCAUCGGCAUCGUCGACGGCGAGCAGACAUUCAUCAACACUUUCGGAGAUGCCAAGGUCUCGGACACAAAGGCCACAGAGGACACUCUCUACUUCAUUGCCUCGUGCACCAAGUCCAUGACGGCGACGGUGCUGCUCUCCGUUCUCGAGGAGCUGGGCGACGGUCGCAAUGCCAUCAGCCUCAAGUCCAAGAUCGCCUCAAUCACGCCCGACUUUGUCCUACAAGACGACUACGCGACCGCGCACGCCACGCUCGAGGACGCUUUAUCGCAUCUUCUUGGUGUCGGCAACCACAACCUCAGCUACGGUGGCGAGGGAUACACCGUCCUCGAUGCCGUGCGCUCGUUGCGCCACCUGUCCAUGACGGCUGAGUUUCGCGAAAAGAAUCAGUACCUCAACCUCGGGUACAUCGUCAUUCAGCAUGUCAUAGAGACGCUCACUGGCGGUUCGAUAGAGGAUGCCCACCGCAAGCACAUAUGGCAGCCGUUGGGAAUGAAGUCGACCUUUAUCAGCCUCAAGGACGCUCAGCAGGCAGACAAGGCCCUCGCCAAAGGGUACACGUGGGACGCGCUUAACAAGAAGCUCAUCGACGCCCCGUACUCGCAUGACUACCCGCUUGUGGGCGAUGGAGGCGUCAUCAGCUCUAUCAAAGACUUUACCACAUAUCUCCAUGCCGUGAUUCACAAAAGCUUGCCGCUCUCGGACGCACGGUUCGAUGAGUUGUUCAAACCGAGGAGCAUCGUCUCACCGGCCUCUUACGAGCAUAUGUCAACGCUUCUAUACGCGCUCGGCUGGGGUGUCUCCAGCUUCCGAGGCAAGCGCAUGAUCUCACAUAGCGGCGGUAUCACCGGGUUCGCGUCCAAGCUGCAAUUUCUUCCAGAUCAAAAAUGGGGUAUUGCCAUCCUCGCCAACUCAGAUUUGGGCGGGGCGCUUGCCAACGAGGCCAUCAUCAUGCGCAUGAUAAACGACUUUCUUCAGGUCCCAGCGAGCGAGCGACAGGAUGUGAUGCCCUUGCUGGAUAGAAAGCUCGAUGGCAUGGUUCAAGAAUAUCUCAGCGUGCGCAAGACUCUUUACCCCGACAUCCCGAAGAGACCCCUACCAUUGGCACUUCCUCUCUCCGAGUACGCCGGCUCGUAUUACAACCCCGGAUAUCGGCAUAUCGAGUUCAAGGUGGUCAAGCCGCGCAAGGGAGUGCCCGUAGCGGAUGGCACAGUACAGGUCUUGCACGCUGAUGUUCGGCGGCUUCUGGACAUAACCCUGGACCUAGAACACGUCUCAGGCGAAUAUUUCAUUGCGUGGACGGAUACGGAGACCUCCAACAUACUCAUCAAGUCCGGGCUGCGCGCGGAGUUUGUCAUCGGGGGUGAUGGUAAGGUGGCGAAGUGCGGGAUUCACCUUGAUCCGAUAUCCCGCUCUGACGACGAAAAAAUGAUGGUAUGGUUCAGCAGAGUGAGCUCUUAGCCCCAGACGAGGCGCUUGGUAGUGUUUGCACAAAUCAGCCACGGUAGUACAGAACUUGUUCUUACAGUUGAGAACUGGGAUAUAGCUACAACAUGAACCUAUUAGCCACCGCGGACCAAGUUGUCUUGAGGCCAACAUGAAAGGAU